GUAUUUUACAGCUCCUUAUCAACAAAUCUGUUCUUUUAACAGUUUUACACAUGCGUUUGACCCAACAAAAUAUAGAUAAUAAAGAAAAUAAAAAACGCACACGCAUUUGUUUGUGCGUGUGUAUGGUCGAAGCUUCCAACGAUCCAACUGCACAUGCAACGGGAGAACAAGAAACAACGUUUCCAAAAAUUUGUCACACCAAUCUCAAGUAUUCUGCAACAUCAAUUGGCAUUAGCUUAAAGUUGAAGUAAUAUGGGAGGGGGAACAGGAAACAACGACGAGUCUACUGACAGAGGGCUAUUUUCAAAUCUUGCUGGAUUUGCUUCUGGACACCUUGCACGACCUGGAUCACACCAUGGAUAUCCUCCUCAAGGUGGAUAUCCUCCCCAAGGUGGGUACCCUCCUCAAGGAGGUUACCCUCCCCAAGGUGGGUACCCUCCUCAAGGUGGUUACCCUCCCCAAGGUGGAUACCCUCCUUCUGGUGGGUACCCUCCACCUGGGUAUCCCCCCGGACCUCCCCCCGCAGGAUAUCCGCCAACAGCCCAUCCGGCCCCUGGUGGAUAUCCACCAGCCGGUUAUCCAGGUCCAUCAGCUCCACAUCAUUCAGGGCGUGGAUCAUCAGGUAUGGGGAUGGGGGCCAUGUUAGCUGGGGGUGCUGCUGCCGCAGCUGCUGGCUACGGAGUUCACCAUCUUGUGCAUGGGAGUCACCAUGGUGGCGGAUAUGGUCGUGGCGGCGGAUAUGGUCAUGGUGGCUAUGGGGGCUUCGGUCAUGGAAAGUUCAAACAUGGGAAACAUGGAAAGUUUAAGCAUGGGAAACAUGGCAAGUUCAAGAAAUGGAAGUAAUAGUUCAUCUAAGGAAAUCGAAUGGAGGGUUCAAGAUCCAAAUCCCUUCCUCUAUUGAUAAUACUACAGUACAAUAUUGGUGUUAUUCAUAUGCAGAUGUUUGAAAGAUGUUAUUGUGUUAUUUUUUUCUGAAAGGAUGUUAUUGUGCAUGCCCAUACGCAGUUUUACAAGCUUAUUUGUUUAAUCUUACAAGCUUAGUUCUUUGUGUUUUUGUGAUUUAAAUAUCUUUUUCUA